GUACGUAAUGACGCAACGGGAGCACGUCGUGCCAGGCGUGCUGCGUCAUAUCUUCCAACACAUCCACCGCUCGGUGGCCGGCUUCCAGCCAGGCAGCCAGCCGCCUCAGGCCCCGCUCCUCCCUGAACCGUUAUCCGCUAAUCACCAUCACCUCCCCCGGUGGAAGCAGACGCGGCUCCGCCUCGGCCAUGACUGGAAGGAGCCGCUGACACCUUCCCAUCCUCCGCCGGAGAACCGGGACUUUUCGUUUUUAGCUCGGUGUAAAUGAGGCGGAGCCUGAGGCGCGGCGGCGGUGGUGAUGGUGUUGGACUCAGGUGAAGUCUUCAUGGAUCAGGUCGAGGCUGAAAGGGUCAGGGACCGGUCCGACGUCCCUCCAGAUCCGCCCAGAACCGCCAAAGCCAGACGGAGCAAUGCGGCCAAGAAGGAGGCGGGGCCGUCCCAGAACGGGGUCGCGACCCCGAGGACCAGGGUGCCGCUCCGCCGGCCUCUCAGCAUGGAGGUGACUCCGCCGCCGCGUCCCGGGGUGCUGCAGCCGCCGUGGCGCGGCGGUGCGGCCGCCCCGUCGCCCCGGGCGCGCAGCCUCACCAGCCCCAGCCUGUCGGCGGGCGGCUGGAUGCGCCGCAGCGAGAGCUCCUGCUCCGUCAACUACGCCGCGGGGCCGCGGGCCGGCGGACGCUUGCGUCCCGCCACCUCCCUGCCUCACAUCGCCAAAGGGGCGGUGGGCUCGGCGGCCCCCCCGCCGGCCCGACCCUGCCUGCUGGUCGCCCUGCGACCUUUGAACCUGGAGCAGGAGAAGCAGACGUUCUUCCAGUCUGACUAUGAGUACGAGCCGCAGUUCGAGUACGCGCAGCCCGAACCGCGGAGCGUCCUCGACAAGUACCGGGAGGGGUCGGGCCUCUUCCUGGAGCAGGCCGUGGGGAUCAUGGAGUGCGUCCUGAGGAAGUUCGGCUCCUACGAGAACUUCGAGGAGGCGACGGGCGGCGGCGUCCUGCCGAAGAGUCAGGUCUGGGCGGCGGUCCGCAAAUACCUGCAGAAGGAGGGCUGCGUGGGGGAGGUGGUGGUGCGUCUCUCUGAUGAGCUGCUGUCGCAGGCCGUCAUGGUGGUGGAGAGCUGCCGUCCCACUCUGACCAUCAACCUGGCCGGCGCUCGCCAGCACUGGCUGGAGGGGAUGCUGCGGCACGAGAUCGGAACCCACUAUCUGCGCGGCGCCAACAACGCGCUGCAGCCCUGGGCGUCCGCCGAGGCGCGGCGGCAGCUGGGCCUGAAGCCGGCCAACCCGACGGAGGAGGGCCUGGCCAGCCUGCACAGCGUUCUGCUGAGGAAGCAGCCGCACCUGUGGCGCGCGGCGCUGCUCUACUACACCGUGUUCCACGCCGCCAGCAUGAGCUUCAGCCGCCUCUUCGCCCACAUCGCCCGCUUCGUCCACGACCCGGACGUCCGCUGGGAGUACUGCCUGCGGGCCAAGAGGGGCCAGACCGACACCGCGCAGCCCGGUUGCUUCAGCAAAGAUCAGGUUUACCUGGACGGGAUCCUGCGGAUUCUUCGCCAUCGAAGGAACAUCGACUUUAAGAUGCUGACGUCUCUAGGAAAGGUGUCUUUCGAGGACGUGGAGCGUCUGCGUCCUCUGGCGGCACUGAACCGGACCAGAAUCCCUCACUUCAUGCGUGACCAGGAGCGUUACCUGCAGCACCUGGACCACAUCGUGGCCGUCAACGAGCUGGACGACGCAACGCUGCAGCAGCUGCUGCCCUGAGUCCCACGAAAGGUCGCAUCGUAACGGCGCUCUACGGGGAAAAAACAUCGUAACGGCGCUCUACGGGGAAAAAACGUGGCAUUGUAACAAAACUUUACAGGGAGUCAUAAUGACUCUUUGUAUGGAAAACCUGCCUGGUGAUUUUAUUGAUUCCCACCAAAACUUGACAAGAAAAAACACGUCGCAUCGUAACGUCACUUUACGUGGAAAAACCCGUCCAGCGUUUUUAUAAAACUUGAACGAUCCAAACGGGACGACGCCUCCUUCGUUUUCACUCGGAUGCAUGAUUGUGCUGCGUUUCCCACGCGGAUCGGCGCAUUUUAACCGCGCUCCCUUUAUCAAGUUACCUCACUAUUAUCAUACGUAAUCACCAUUAUAUAUGUAGACUCACAUAAUCAUAGACGGCUUUAUUUAUGCACUUGUUUACGUUUUUGUUGCGUUGCAAAAAGAACAAACUGAAUGUCACUGGUGUUAGCUUUACGUUUUGUUUGUGAAACGACGGUUUUAUGCCUUAGAUUGUUUGCGUUUUUAAAAAGAACACCAAGGACACAACAUUUAAAAACCGGAGGGGUUCGCAGUGACUGAGGCCAUGAAUCUUUAAAAUACCAAGUGCCACUGGACUCAGCCGAGCGUUUCGCCCCCAGGGUUUUAAUUAUCAGUGUUAUAAUGAAGCUAAUCAGCGGCGUUGUCUUAACUGUGUCCUUGGUGGGCUUUCUUAGUUCGCUACUGUGAGUUCUCCAGCUGCAACAACCAAACUUUACUUUGUUUGGUUCAAUAUUUGGGGUCUUUGGUGGACGUCUUCCAAAGAUAACAGGUUUUUGGUGACCACUGCCCCUGAAAAUCAUGAUUUUUAAAUCAAAAAUAUAAUUAAUUCAAACUUUAAUCUAUGUUUUUGAAGGGAAAUAACGAUGUCAAGCAAAUAAUGAGCUUAAUGAUAUCUAGGAAUACUAAUCGAUCGCAGAGAUAGAGAUUUAUGGAUAACAAAAUGGAAACCUAAUAAGAAAGCAGAAGAUGAGAAUUAUUUAUGGAAGUCAAUAAUAAUGGCAUAAUGGAGAUCUAACAAAUUGGCACCCUACAGAGAAAUUUAAAUAUGACAAAAAAAAAUUUUUUUUUAAUAACAUUUUAUUAGAUUCCUGGUAAAUGUAACAAUUUCUGGUCAAAUUUACACCAACUCUCCAAAUUAUCCCAAAAAUAAUACAAAGAAGGUCAUUAAUAAGUUGUGGAGAAGUUGGAUAAAACAUAGCAGCAGUGAAGGGAAGCAGCCAAAAGUCGCACUUUUCUGCACAUAAUCAUGGUUUAACUGUGAGUCACGCCUCUUUGUAGCUUCUUCAAGCUAAUGCUAACCAUCUGGUGGACGGAUAGGAAGGUAAAGUAUUGACACGCAAAGUUUGGAGGGGAACAUUUGGAAAGAGAAUUUAUUUAUCAGAACUGUGGUUGUCAGAUCUUUUGUAUUUUUAUAUUUUGAAUUUUUUAGCUGAGAAACUUUAUGCUCACAAACAACACCUGCAGUGAAACCAUAAACCUCCCAAAUGUUGAACCAGUCCUGAUUUUUUAAAUAGAUGAAAUGCCAAAGUGGCAUCUAUUGUUAUCGGUUGUUUAGUGAAGCAGCUGAACCCAGCUGUCCUGGUUCUGAACCAGAUGUCUCGGUUCUGAUCCAGCUGUUGUGGUUCUGAUCCAGGUGUUUUGGUUCUGAUCCAGAUGUUUUGGUUCUGAGGAGGCCGGGUCUCGCGGUGCCUUUGAUGGGUGUAGCGCUCAUCUGCUGUAGCUAAUUACUGUGUUCGUUGGCUGCUUUUUACUUUGACACUACAGAUGUCGGUCAGGGCAUUCGGUUCGGGUCGGAGCAGAACCGGGUCACAUGUUUUUAUCUGGAUGCUUUUUAAAUGCGUGGGUUUGAUUUUUUCGGAAGCGGUUGGACUUUUCUCUGCUGUGUUUACAGCUCACGUCGCCUCAGCAGGAACGUUUCGAAUCCGAGCGGGCCGUCCCGUUCAGAACUUUGGCCCGGAUUCUCCCAAAACGAAUGCACCAACUUGUAACGCACGAAUGUUGCACAAGUGUUUUCUGUUCUGGAAAUACAUGUUGAAGUUCCAGUGUUAUUUAUUAAACACGCACUUAUUGAACUCUG